CACCUAGACUGUUCACACAACCCAUCCGAUAUCACCAAGCCCACCCCAACAACAAACAGCCCACCUUAACUGUUAACAUCUUCUCCACGAACCCUUGACCAAGGACCUCUCACCUAAACCAUCACAAAAAAAUCAUGGCCAGAUCCUACGCCAACAUCCCCCCCUACACGCCGAUGAAAUCCCUCGGCCACGAACUCGGCAUCCUCUUCGGGUUCCUGGUGGCCUGCUUCGUCGUGAUGGCCGUGUACGUCCACUUCUGGAACGGUGAGUUUUCCCCCAACCCCAACCUACCUCAAAAUAACUAACCAAAAGCCUCAGCCGCCGAACGCCGCGAAGCCCACCGCGACAAACUCCGCCACCAGAUGCUGGACACCCGGCGCGUGGACCCGCGCCUGCACGAGCAGCGCCUGCACCCGGACUACCGGCCCAUGGGCACCUCGACCACCAUCACGGCCGGGUCGACGACCGUCCUCGGGGGCGGGAGCAGUGUCGCGGGUGGCUAUGGUGGUGGUGGUGGUGGCGCAGGCGCAGGGACAUCAACCCCGACGACGGUCACGGCCACGGCCACGGCGUCUGGCUCGGCGAUCGGGAUCGAGAAGAUCAUUGAGAAGCGCGCGGAGUUGGCGGGAUUGCACCAUCACCUGCACCAGCAGAUACCUUCACAGGCUGAGGAGGAGAUCGGGGUGGCGGUCACGACGCCGAGUGAGGGAUACGAUGGGAAGGGCGAGGGGAAGGAGAAGUGGCCGGGGAGGAAAGCGUCUUCUGCCUUUGGGUUGGGGUUGGGAUUGGGGAUGGGGAAACGGCAUUUGAGUUUGAGGUCGCAUCCGGGUGGCGGGGAUUCGGGGGAUUCUGGGGCUGGAAGUGAGGUGAAGAGGGCGGGGAGUAUGGGAGUGGGAGGGUCUUCCCCGGUGGCUCCCUCCGCAGUGGGGGGGCGGACGGGCAGUAGUAGUGGGCAGCGGGGAAAUGAGGCCGGCGGCGGCGGCGGGGUGGAGAUGGAGGCUAUGGGGUGGAAGGGGGGGCAUUGAUUUCGGACUGGAUAUCGGUGCGCGAGGGGAGGCGUUGAUGUUUCGUGGUCUAGUUCAUAGUUGCAGAAUACUAGGA